AUGCUUUAGGAAGGAGUAAGAAACUUCAAGGAACUUCGAGCCAAAUUUCAAAACACUGUUGAUGCUCCACUUCUUCCAGGACCUAUUAAAUUCCCAGCAGGUGUUUCUCAAAAGGAUGAUAUCACAAGCACACUGUCAACCCAGGUUUUGGCCAAUGGAAAGCUCCUGUCAUCCAACCAGAAUCAGCUCUCACCAUAUUGUUCCAGUAAUGAACCCGAGCCUCUUACACCCCAGAAGAUGAAGCUGGCCCAGAACAGCAAAUUUCAGAAAUGUUCUAAUUCCCCAGCACCUCUGAAUGGGUCUGCUGGGUCUACCAUAAAUUCACAGAAGGCCUCUCUGCUGUCAGAAAUGAAUCAAUCAAAUGAUGAGAUAACUGAUAAGGAAAAAGUCAAGGUGAGUGAUAGCUUCAGAAACAAGCUUUGGAACUGGGAGAAGUUUUCAUCUCAGAAAAGUGAGAUGUCAUCAGCCAUCCUCCUUGCUAAUUGUGGAGGUAAAGCCUUCUAUCUGGAAGAGCAAAAAGUCAUGGGGCGUUUUCCAGAGAAGCCAAAGAAAAAGCUGGAAACAAAUGAAGCCCAGAUCCUUCCUUCCCAGAGGCACUUGAUGGCUCAAAGAAAAUCACUUGCCUUUUCUGAAGAUUCCUCUUUUCUGCUUUCACAACAUAAAGGGAAGAGCCUAGAAAACCCCAGUUCUGAGAGGAGACCGGCACGGGGCACCUCCCCACCCGUCUAUGAGUGUGAGCUUGCCAGCCAGGUCACAGAAAAGCAACAGGACAUCAGGCAUCACCAGCUUCCCAGAACGAAGCCAUUGCCUUCUGUGGAGUCCCUUGGUCCUCCACCCACAAAGCCUCCAAAGCCCCCGGUUGUGAACCUCCAGGCCUUCCAGAGGCAGGCAGCUGCUAUUCUUGAGACCCAAAGGGAAGUCAGUGCAGAAGAAGGGGGAGAGAGCGAAAAGAAACUAUUUAAUGCUGAAUUUGAAGACCCACAUAAUUAUGAGGCAACAAUUUCAUAUCUGAGACACUCUGGCAACGCCAUUAACCUGUGCACCACAGAAGAAAUUGCUGAUUCAAUUUAUGAAGUUGGAAUUGAAGAACUCCAAAAGCCUUGGAAGAGUUUUCUCAAUCAAGAACUCAGUACCUCUCGAUUUGGACCAGUCACAUUUCAAGUGUUCAAUAGUCACAUGUGGUCAGUGGCCAUUGUAUUUGACAGCAUAGAUUUAGACUCUAUCAUCCCUAAACAUGAAGAUGAAGAUAAAAAAAUGAAGGAGAACGACCCAUGUAAACUGGAACCUCAGAAAAUAGAAAAGCAUCCUCAUGUAAACCAACUUUUCAAGAUGGGUGCCUCUGAAGGGACACCUGGAAAACUCCAGAUGACAGAAGUCCACAAAGGGAAGAGGACCAUGCUACCUGGGAAGCAGGACUCUGUGAUUGACAUUAUCCAGACAAAGGCCUUCCCUGAGGACCCUAAGCUGGCCAGGCACACCCAAGGCCACUGUGGGUAUGUGGAGGCCUUGGAGGUGACUAAAGAAACCCCUGAUCAAGGGGCGUGUAUGCCAAGUUCCACCACAGAGGAGAUGUAUGAUGAUGUCGACUACCCCGAGAGAGAGAGUAUGAAUCUAAACUAUUGCUGUUAUAUAAUGAAUGAUUUUCUUUUUCUUUCAGAAGAAAAUAGUGAAGAAAUAUAUGAGGAUGUCUAUAAUACAAAGAGCAACGACCCAAAGAUAGAUUUAGAUGGAAACGAAGCACUUAAAAGACUGCGGCAAUUCUUCAAGAAAGAAAAGGAUAGAUUUAAAAUGAAGAAAGACAAGUCUAAAGAAAAUUUAAGUGAAUUUUCCAUCUCGCUGCCUGAUAUAGAAUUUAGGUCUCGGAAAGUUAAAAUCUAUGAUGAUGUGGACAUUCCUGAAAGAAAGUCAAAAGAAGAAGAUAAAUUGAAAACUUGGAAGACCAAGUUUUUGAUACCAAAGGAAAACAAAGGGAAAAAAGCUGCUGAAGAAUCAGAAAGUUUAUCUCCUAGAAAUUUCUUCAGAAUCAAGAAGCAAAACUUAGAAAAGAAAAUGGAAAAGGAAGAAAAACUUUUCAGAGAAAGAUUUGAGUAUGACAAAGAGAUUACUGUCAUCAACACAGCAGUGGCAUGUUCCAGUAAUUCAAGAAGGGGAAUACUUGAUUUGCCAAUAACCCCUGGAGAAGAACUGGAAGUCAUUGAUAUUACUGAACAGAAUCUAGUGAUAUGUCGCAAUUCUGAAGGCAAAUAUGGAUAUGUGCUAACUGAACAUCUAGAUUUCAAGCAUCAAAGUUGGUCACCUUAGGAAGAUCACCAUCCAAUGGUAUGGGCUUCACAAAUAAGAACUAGUUCUAAGAUCUUAGUCCUGCCUCACGUGAGUUUCAGUUUGCGUGCCAAAAUGAGAUGGUGAAACCUGUGGAAACUUUUCACUUGGAAUUUAGAAAACAAAAAACAAAUCCUCUACAUUUAGAUGUCAGUUUGACUCCUAAAAUGUUAUCUUUCAAUGUCCAUUUUGCUUAUCUAUUUCACUGCUGGCUCUAGAGAAUGUGAAACAGUGUGUGUCAGCAUUUGCACCCUUGUUUAAUGAGCCAUACCCAAAGUCAGAAAUCAUGCCGUAUGGCACCUAGUCAGUUGUGCAGAUGGUUAGUUUGCCUCUAAUAUUAGUACACUAUUGUUUGAAUUUUUCUAGAAGAUGUGCAUUUAAAUUGGGUGUAAUUUAAUUCUGAACAGUAAAUAGUCUAACUACAGUUUUUUAAUUAUUCAAAUUUAAGAUAUAACCUUAAAAUGAUUAUGGCUCAGUCUUUAAAAACCAAAGUAUAGUAGUGUCCCUCUGAUUUAUCACAAAAAUAAAACCAGAAAAAAAUGCUGCUCAACACUGGUUUCUUUUGGGAAUAGUCUGCUGAAAAGUAAUUUAUUCCUAAAUCCAUCAAAUAUUAUUUUAAGUGUCUAACUACAGUUAAUAAAAUCUAAAUAGUAUAUAUACUGUAUCACUUUAAAACAUCCUGUUGCUCAAAAUAAGGAAAAUUGUCAGUUUUGCCUGUAUCUGAACACCUAGUUAUUCAAAUAGAAUUUGUAUGUAUUUUUCUUUUAUAUAAAGCAAAGAAAAAAUAAAAAAGCUGAGCUACAAAUAACAUUUAGUCUAUUUCUUUUUAAAUAAUGCACAAAGAUGAGAUAAAUUCUACAUUCACACUCAACGGUUAUUAAAAAUUUGAAGUGGCUUCUUCAGCAUUGAAAAACUAAAGAAUUUUGCUCAGUUCUUUAAGCAGGGUGAUUCUGGUCUUAAAGGGUGGGAUGGAAUUUGUUGCCAUAGCCUCAUCCUUUUUACUUGAAAUAUUUUUUAAGCUUCUAGUUUAUCUUCUUUUUCAAGUUCCAAAUGGCACUUACCAAUAAAAAGCAUAGCAUAUUCUAGAAGACACUCAAGAAUCAAAGAUAUUUACAAAGUUCAGAGUUUAAAGAGGGAGACAGGUAAAGAGUUUUAUUACAACUAAUAUAAUUAUAAUAAGCAAGGUAUGAAUGGGAUAUCUAAAUGCUUAAGAAUGCUUUUACAGAGAAGGUGACACUAAAGCUUGGUCUUUAAAUAUUUGGUAGGCAAGGCACAGAGAUGGCAAAUCCAUGCUGUGUAUGAUGACUAGGAAGAAAUUCAGGGUAAACUGCAGUGCAGUAUGUCUGGUGGAAAGUUGUAAGAACUGUUUGGAAUGGGGUAAAUUGGCGAUAGAAUGUGACUGAGUUCACAUACUAUGCUAAGGAACUUGGACUUUUUCGUCUAGACAGGGAGUCAUCGAGGGUUUUAAGCAGGAAGGCAAUGCCAGAUGUUUAGGGAGAAAAGAAACAAUUACAGCAAUAUCACAGGAUAGAGGAGAGACUACUUGUAUUUGCAGUAUUCUAGGCAAACGAUAUUAGGCCUUAAUUUAAGAUAGUCCCUCCUGAUAACAUGUCCAAAGUAAGUGAGACAAAUUCUCGCCAUUCCGGCUUCUAAGGAACAUUCUGGCUGUACUUCUUCCAAGACAGAUUUGUUGGUUCUUCUGGCAGUC